CGGUGGCCGCUACUCGACUCGGGGCCGCCGUUCAGAGACGACCGUUCGCUGGCUGCUGCGUCGAUUGCCGUCAGUGGGUCGCCGCGUGCUGCAAUCCGUCGCCCGCCGUCGCACGUCCAUGGACCAUCCGGCUGGGGUGAUGGUGACCUAGACGGCGCGCCACCGCCUCUUCCUUCCCUCUUCCUUUCUUCUUCGGCCGGAAUAUGACAAGAAGCAGCUGAGGGAAGUUGUCAACAAGUUUGGACUCUUGGGUGAAAUUUUCGCCCCGCGCCAACGGGGACGCCCCGCUUGAAGAGGACGUUCUUCUUCAGUAACUAUUCUGCAAGAAAAAAUCAGCAACAAAAUCAAGAAGACAUUGCUUUAUCCUUUCCAUCCUUUGAAGGAGUGUUUUUGUGGGGCAGGACCACUUGAUCGUGGUUGACGCGAUGGCCUCGAGUCGCGUGGCCGUGGCGGCCACCCUGGCGCUGGCCACCUCGGCGGUGCGGGCACUAAGCAUAAUGGACCAACAGUUAGAAACUUGUCUUGGCAACCGUGAUAACUCGACCUCGGAGUCCAACGCAACAGUUCCGUGCGUAAACGACACUUUUGGGAAUUUAUCUUCUCUCGACGGCAACUUGACUCGCGGCGCGCCAGCCCAGCCCGAUUCGCUCGCUGACGUCAUCUUUAUGGCUGUCACCUCGGUCAUUCUUGGUCUCAUGAUCUUAAUAACAGUCAUAGGCAACGUGUUCGUGAUCGCAGCCAUAUUGCUGGAACGGCACCUGCAGAGCGUGGCCAACUACUUGAUCGUGUCGCUGGCCGUCGCCGACCUGAUGGUGGCCUGCCUGGUCAUGCCCCUGGGCGCCGUUUACGAGAUAAGCAAAGGAUGGAUUCUGGGACCUGAGUUGUGCGACAUGUGGACCUCGAGCGACGUCCUCUGCUGCACAGCGUCGAUUCUGCACCUUGUUGCUAUCGCCGUUGACAGGUACUGGGCGGUAACCAACGUGGACUACAUCCAGAACCGCAACGGCAGGCGGAUAGGCAUCAUGAUUCUGCUGAUCUGGAGUGUGGCGAUAGUGGUGUCGUUGGCACCCCAGUUCGGUUGGAAGGACCCCGGCUACCUGGACAGGAUAAACCUGCAGCAAAAGUGUUUGGUGUCGCAGGACCUCGGCUAUCAGAUAUUCGCCACAUGCUCAACAUUUUACGUGCCGCUUCUGGUCAUCCUGGUGCUUUACUGGAAGAUCUUCCAGACGGCGCGCAAGCGGAUCCGGCACCGCGUGGGCAAGGCGCCGACCGCGUCGGCCAUGAACAACUCGACGCCGCCCGCCAAGCGCAAGAAGCGGAAAAACAAGAAGCAGGUGGAGGAGAGCGUAGCCACGCUGACCGUGGCUGUGACCAACACCACGAGCCUGGAGCGGCCGGUCGAGCACCCGCCGCUGGAGAGCACCACCGAAUUCACGAUAAGCGUGCCUGUCAUCUCCGCGCCGGCCACCCCCGCGUCGAUGGCGCCGCCGUCGGCCAACGUGUCGCCGGACAAGUCGUCGACCAACAACGGCUCGGCCAGCCACCAGAGCCACAUGAGCGACAUGAGCCGCGUCGAGAUCCUGCAAAAGGACCUCGGCGGCGGCAGCAGCCGCCGCCUCGACGCGGCUCCGCCCACGCCCACCGUCUCCACCAUCGACCAGCCGAAGAGCGAUCCGAUGAAGGAGCGGCGCGAACGCAAGGAGACGAUGGAGGCGAAGCGGGAACGCAAGGCCGCCAAGACGCUGGCCAUCAUCACCGGCGCCUUCGUCAUCUGCUGGCUGCCCUUCUUCAUCAUGGCGCUGCUGAUGCCGCUGUGCGAGUCCUGCUACAUCAACGACAACAUCGCCAGUUUCUUUCUGUGGUUGGGUUACUUCAACUCGACGCUGAACCCAGUGAUCUACACCAUAUUUAGUCCAGAGUUUAGGCAAGCGUUCAAGAGGAUUUUGUGCGGAUCCAGUGCUAGAUCUAAUUAUAGGCCACGUAAAUUUAGAUAAACCGGUUUAUUUUCGCAGGUAUUUUUUUGUUUGUUUAUCAGACGAACGAACGGACGGUGACCUGCCUCGCGGUGUGUCAGAGCUCACGCACCGCGGGCCAGAUCGCCGCGCUAGAUUCUUUGCAGGCAAACGUGCGCGCGUAACCGCCAGCAUAUCUCCCUAUUAUGCUUGUAUGAGCCUCACUUGCAUAUUAUGCGAGAUAAAACGCGCUCCAUUUUUUUCGAUUUGCAAUUCAAAGCCGCGAAACAUAGGGUAACGUGUGAAUACAAUUCGGUGCAAUACGUCACAGUCUGAAUCAAAAGUUGCACCCGACGCGUGAAUUAUUUUCAACGGAAGCCACAACCGCCAAUGUAAAUAGGAAAGAGUGUAAAAAUUGUAAAUAGAAAUCAAAAAGUACUCAAUAAAAAAAACGGUUGCAAACCCCAAAAGAGAACAUGUUCCUCAAGACGGUUAUCUUGUUGUUGAAAAACCAUACACACUACACCGCGUUCAAUGUUUCUAUAUCUGUACAUAGGUGACAAAGGUUUUAAGGUUUGGACGAAAAUUUAGAUUCACUCAGCUCUCGUUAAAUCGGUGCUACAAACUCCAAACUGCACUUGUCUUGAUGCCGCGACCGCGGUGGCAAAUUUUGCAUGAUAAAUUACCAAGCUGCUGUGCAUGUACAAAGGUAAAGUUGUGCUAGUUGUUCAACGCCACUACUGUACCACCAGAGGCUGUGCGCCUCAACUGCGAGAAAGAUUAGUGCGCGCAAGAUGUUCUGUCCCAUUUAAUCACCGCAAGUUCUGGGCCCUCUGGCACUCUGAUCUGCAUGUAGGUGCGCUGUGUGUUUCAUUUGCAACUUAGCAAUUUGUGCGUCGCCAAGUUGCAUCCCACUCUCUCGUGGCAGAAUAUCUGUGAUUUUUAGCGACUGGCACAGAGCUAUAAAAAGAUGUAUUUGCUAUGGGGUCCGUCGGAAGUGGCGCGACUUCCGUAUUUGUUUUUGAACGAGUGAGUGAUCUCAGUGGGUUACGCGAAUUUCAAAACAAAAUAAAUCGUCAAGGUCAGGGUAAACAUAAAAUAUUUACAUUUGCCGUUCAAAUAAAAAUGUUCAACAGUGGUAGAAGAUGAUUUGAUAAAUUAACGUUCGCCCUUCCCUGUUAAUCUAAAUGUUUCAUUGGUGCUAUUAAACGUAGACGUGUAUAGCCACCAAUAUCCAAAUUUCUAGAGCCCACCGCACAGUUCCAAGAAUGUUCUAUACUAACGGGGCACUUGUUGAAUGAUGCUAGAUACUCACAUAUUAUGCAAUUUUAUCUUUCAAGGCAUGUCCUGCAGCCACACACGUAAACACACUUUGAGUCAACUCGUAUUUUAGCCUCUGACAAUGAGCGGCAGCAUGUAUUAAGAAGUUGUGGCGAGAGCUGCGUUUUAUUUGAUCUGAGUUCGUUUUAACAAUGGGAGUCGGUUUCUCAUCAUCAAUCUUCGGAUAUACGGGAUAUAUGAAAAACAUUUUAUUACGGAACUUGAUUGCUGUUAUCUCUCGUGUACGUAUGUGUUAACUGUCGACAUAGGUGUUGCAUAUCAACUCGAAAUACAGUAUUAUUGCAAGUGACAUGCAAAGUCAUAAUCCAAGUCUCUUUCUCUCACUUGAACACACUCACUCACUGUUAUUUUCGUCACCGCUGAAAUUAAGAGAUAUUAUCGAAUAUAUAUGUCGUUAUAGUGUGUGCCAUUUCCUCAAGUUGUUUUGCAAAGUGCGCGAACGUGUAUUUUUGAAUAGUUGCGAUAAAAAGUCUGAUGAUGAUGAUGAUGAUGAUAAUGUUGUUAUCCACUGCGCCACGAAACUCAAUGUGGAAGUACUAACUCUGUAAUAAUAAUAAUUAUGAAAUGUGCGAGGACGAAAGCCCGCUAUCUAAUUUUAUCUUUCUUUAAUAACGCUUCAAGAGGAAAUUAGCAGCAGUCGUACAGCAUUGUAUUCAGAACAAAAGAAUCAUUCGCACACGACAAAACAAAAACUCUUGGUAAAGUUGCUUAGUGAUAUUACUAGGGCAAAAAGUAUAAACAUUAUGCUACGUGUUGGAGGAGAAAACUCAAGGAGGAAAAAACAUGCAAACAAUAAUCUCAAUGAAGAAUGUUACACUAUUAUGAGAAAUUAGCCGUGGUGUUGAAAUUAUCGUACGAUGGUAAACACUGUGUCACCACCUUGUUAUACACAAAUAAAUCCCGACGCCUCUCACAAUCAAUAAACACAGUGGACGAGCGCGCGCUACACGCGACAUGUGCAGCUCGAGGCGUCGGACAACUCAAAAAUCCAGUCUGUUCUAUUGAGUAAUCAAAUGUUCUUGUUGAUUUUCAAGACUUAUUUACGAAUAGAAAUAAAUUUUAGGCUCAAGUUAUUGUAGAGAAUGAGACUAUUGGUUCGAAAUAAAAUUCAUUUUAUGUAUGAAAUA